AUGGGACCGCUUUGUGCAAUGCCACCGCUGCUGCUCCUGCUGCUCCUGGAGCUGCUGCACGAGGCUGGGCAGGGCCCCCCCGACCCCCCCACGCCCCGGGACUGGGCUCAGCCAUGGGGGUCUCUGUCCCCUGUGGGUGGGCGGGUUUGGUCCCAGAUCACAGUCCCGCAGCAGCUGGGGGCGAACACUAAAGGAGAUGCAGUGUCCUACAUCCUGAGGAUUGAGGGGAGGCCGUACACCAUCCACCUGCAGCAGCAUGCCUUUUUAUCUGCUGACUUCCAUACUUACAUAUCCAGUGAGCAGGGGUCUCUGCACUCUGAUUCUGCCCACAUUGAGGGAGGCUGCCACUACUGGGGGUACAUCGAUGGCUUCCCCAGCUCGGCAGUGACCCUCAGCACCUGCUCGGGGCUCAGGGGCUUGCUGCAGUUUGAGAACGUGAGCUACGGGAUCCAGCCCCUGGGCUACUCGCCUGCCUUCCAGCACGUGUUGUAUCGAGCGGCUGAGGAGCAGACGGCAGCGGCUCUCCCGGCCCACGGCCCCCCCGAGGGAGGGCUGGGGGCGCUGGGGGCCUGGGGGCCGCCGGACGAGGCUCUCGGGGAUGACGAGCCCCUCUCGGCCGCUGCACAAUCUCCCAAAUACCUCACAGUAUACGUGGUUUUGGACAAGGCUUUGUACAACUAUAUGGGAUCAGACCCAAAUGCUGCCACUCAGAAGAUAAUCCAGGCCUUCAAUUUAAUCAACAGUAUGUUUAAUCCCCUUAAUGUCACCAUUGUGCUGUCCUCCCUGGAGCUGUGGGCAGAGGGGGAUAAAAUAUCGACAGCAGGGGACACAGAUGACCUUCUACAGCGAUUUUUACAGUGGAAACAGUUGUCUCUGGAGCCACAGGCGCACAACAUCGCUUCUCUCUUAGGGUACAGGGACCACGGAGCAUUCACGGGCGCAGCAGCUCCAGGAGAGGCGUGUCAGAGAGAGGCUGCUGCUACAGUGGCCCUGUACCACGGGAACGUGACGCUGGAGUCCUUCUCCGUCCUCCUGGCGCAGGUGCUGGGCCACAGCCUGGGCAUGAGCUCGGACAGCUCCCGAGGCUGCAGCUGCCCCGGGCGCGUCUGCGUCAUGAGCCCCGAGGCGCCACAUUUCAGCGGGGCAAAAGCCUUUAGUAACUGCAGCGUCAGGGACUUUGCGACCUUCCUGAAGCAGGGCAGAGGCUGGUGUCUUUUCGGCAGCCCCCGCCUGUCCCGGCGGAGCGGAGCCAUCUGCGGCAACCGCGUGGUGGAGCCGGGCGAGCAGUGCGACUGCGGCACAGCGCAGGAAUGCCUGAAGGACAUGUGCUGCACUAACAGGUGUAGACUGAAGCCAAGAGCAAGAUGUGCCUCUGGAUCAUGUUGUAAAAAUUGCCAGUUCAAGAAGAGGAACACGCUGUGCCGCCCGGCCACCGAUGCCCAGUGUGACCUGCCCGAGUUCUGCAGCGGCUCCUCCGCCUCCUGCCCCCCUGACGUGUACGUGCAGGAUGGGCACGACUGCGGGCACGGCACGGGCUACUGCUACCAGGGACGCUGCCAGUCCUCAGACCUGCAGUGCAAGCGGAUCUACGGGAAAGAUUCCAGGAAUGCUCCCGUGGUGUGUUAUGAGGAGAUCAACGGGCAGCGGGACAGGUUUGGGCACUGCGGGCUGAGGAGCAGACACAAGUACCAGAGCUGUGCUUGGAGGAAUCUCCGGUGUGGGAAGUUAAUCUGCACGUACCCCUCCCUCAAGCCCUUCUCUUCCACGGCUGCUGCCGUGAUUUACGCCCGAGUGCGGCAGCACCUGUGUGUGUCUCUCAACUACCUGAACGUGUCGGCAUGGCUGGACCCGCUUCUGGUUCCUCCAGGGACAAAGUGUGGCUCCGGAAGGGUGUGUAUAAACAACACGUGUCACCCGCUCUCGGUGCUGGGACACAGCUGCGACAGCAAAGAAAACUGCCACGGCCACGGCGUGUGCAACAACAAGGGCAGCUGCCACUGCUCCCCGGGCUGGCAGCCCCCGGACUGCCGCAGGAAGGGGUCGCGCCGGGGGCGUCGCAAGGACAGCGGCCGGCGGCUGGCACAGGGAGGUGAGCGCGGCGGGGACGGCGCGGGCAGCGCUGCCAGCGCC